AUGGUUCUACUUUAUUCAUUGCCUCCACCAUGGAAUAGUCAAGCGAUUGUUAUUCCAUUUAUUGUUUCUUUUUUGUCCACUCCACCAUUCAAUAUAAUAUUUUUCUAUCGACUUAUCCAUGAAAAAUAUUAUAAGAAAAAAAAGCCAAUUGAGGAUUUACCAAUCAAAGAAUUCCGUGUAUCAGAAGUCGAAACAUCUGAUAACAUAUCUCAAUCGGCAAAACUUGAUUUGCCAAUUCUAGUUUCCAGCUCAUCUUCCGAUUCAGCCGCUGUUCAAUAA